CAAAGCAAAUUUAUAAACAAUUCUAAUCUCUAGAAAAAUGUUUUGUAACAUGUAAAAUUUUAACUUUUUUUGGAGCAUGCCUGAUAUAGGUUGACAGAGCUGUUUUAAGUUAUUCAGAUAUUACCACACCUCUACAAUCAGUUACAACCAUCUACCUGACACCCAUGAAAGGUGUAGUAUGUCAGGUGAGGAUCUGUUUUCUUCGGAGCUAUUCGACACCCAUUAAAGGCAACUUUCUGCUCCGAGCGAGUCAUGUGACGGUGACAUUCGGAUACUGCCACACGUUGAGAUCCUGUCCGCCUGCAGUGCGGCGGCACAGGAGGCGAGAUGACGUUCAUCGCCAAGACCUUCUACGACCUGAGAGCCACCACGCUGGAGGGCGACGUGGUGGACUUCAACGUGUACAGGGGACGGGUGGUCCUCAUAGAGAAUGUGGCCUCGCUCUGAGGAACCACCACCCGGGACUUCAGCGAGCUCAACCAGCUGCAGAGCAAGUACCCCCAUCGGCUUGUGGUCCUGGGUUUCCCCUGUAAUCAGUUUGGAUACCAGGAGAACUGCACAAAUCCCGAGAUCCUGAAUUCACUGCAGCAUGUCCGUCCAGGCGGAGGCUUCACCCCCAACUUCACCAUCUUCCAGAAAUGUGACGUCAACGGGACGAACACGCAUCCGGUGUUCGCCUACCUGAAGGACAAACUGCCCCAUCCUGACGAUGACCCCACGUCACUCAUGCAGGAUCCCAAAUUUCUGGUGUGGAGUCCCAUCAGCAGAUCGGACGUCUCCUGGAACUUUGAGAAAUUCCUCAUCGCGCCAGAAGGAGAGCCCUUCAAAAGAUACAGCAAAAAGUUCCCAACCAUCGACAUUGAGCCCGACAUCCAAAGACUGUUGAGAUUAACGAAGAACUAAGAAUAGCCCCCCGCCUCUUAAUGGCUUCUCAUAUGUAACUGUCAAAGAUGAGACUCUGUCUUCCACAUGUUUAAGCCUUAAUAAAUGACGGUGAUAUUCUAAAAAUGAGGGGAUAUCACCUGAAAUCCUGUAAGUGCUUAACAAUUGUGGGAGGACAAAUGAAGCACAGCUUAUUUUUCAAAUAUAAGAAUUUGUUUUCAUUGGAAAAAGCCUGUCAAACAUAGCUCAAGAACCCUGUGGUUUUCUGUUUGAAAAAGAUCCCAGAUGACGUAUGUACAUAAGUACUGUCAUGAAUAGCUUGGUGUAAUUCUGUUUGUUGUACCAUGAUACUCAUAAUAAUGUAUUUUAACUCAUAAGGCUAGUUGCUAUUAAAAGCAAACUGUGGUUUAUUUCCCCUCCUAGUGGUACCCUUGGAUGGCCAGCAGAUGACACCACAGAAUAAGUCAUGCAGAAAGAUAAGUUCCUGUCGAGCCCUUCUGAAUUAACAUGCUCCACACAUACACACUAAGGAAAUGUUUGCACUGCAAUAA